AUGGCAAAUGUCCAGCAAUGUUGUUGUAACUUUGGUAAGGAGUUCAAAGAGUUUACUUUACGAGGUAAUAUACUCGAGAUGGCUAUUGGAAUUAUUAUUGGUACACUAUUUCAAAAUGUUGUUAAAUCACUUGUUGAUGAUAUAAUAACACCUCCAUUUGGUUUAAUUUUUGAUGGAGUAGAUUUUAGUAAUUUAACAAUUAAAUUACCGAACUUCGUAAGGCAAGAUCAGCCACCUGUUGUUAUUCGAUAUGGAUUAUUUCUUCAACAAAUACUUCAUUUAGUAAUAAUGGCUUUAGCACUAUUUUGUAUUGUGAAAUUUAUUAGUAGACUACAUCGAAUUGCAGCUCAAAAUAGAGAAUUAGCUACCGAAAAUGUUCCAAUUCAAUCAAGUGAACCAAGUGAAGAAUUAAAAGUAUUACGUGAUAUUCGAGAUCUAAUAGCGAUAAAUAAGAACAUAACUAAUUCAGCAUCUGCUGGAUCAUCAUCGAAUCUGAUUAAUUUAUAA